AUGGCAAUCAGUUGUUCUCUGAAGGAUGCCAAGGAAGAACAAGAAGAAAUCUACAUAAUUUUCAAUAAAGAAGUUAUAGAAUUAUCUUCAAAGAAGAAAUUUGAAGAAAUUAAGAAGGCUAAUCAAGCUGCAGCAAAAAAGCUUGUUGAAGACCAAUAUAGUUCUUCAUCUGAGGAUGAUGACGAUGAAGAUGAUGAUAUUGAUGGAAAGCAUGGACAGAUUUUGGCCAAAACAUUCACAACCUAUACUAAUCAAACUGAUGGAGAUGCAAGUGAACUGGAACGUACAAGACAAUACGUGAAUGAAGCUUUUCAGUCUGGAGCUAUGACAUGCUUGAUUUGUAUUGCUUCGAUUAAAAGAAAUCAAGCUGUAUGGAGCUGCUUUGGCUGUUUCUGCAUAUUUCAUCUGCCUUGUAUCCAAAAGUGGGCUAAGGACAGUGUUUUUCUCAUAUCGUCUCCCUUGACAGAUGAUGAUUUUGGGAAGAAGGAUUAUCCCUGGCCUUGUCCAAAAUGUAGGUUUGAGUACAAGCAAUCUGAAACUCCUACUAGAUACUACUGUUACUGUGGAAAAGUGGAGGAUCCAGUAUUGGACCCUUGGCUGGUACCACACUCGUGUGGCCAAGUAUGUGAGAGGGAGUUCAAGCCUCCUUGUGGACAUAAAUGCCUGCUCCUCUGUCACCCAGGUCCUUGUCCUCCUUGCCCAAAGAUGGUCACAACAACCUGUUAUUGCAAGAAGGCUAAGCCUAUACCACGAAGGUGCAGUAACAAAGAAUGGUCAUGUCAGUUGCCAUGUGGCCGAAAAUUGCCAUGUGGACAGCACAGUUGUGAGAACCCUUGUCAUCCAGGGAAUUGUCAACCUUGUCCACGAGUCAGUAAACAGCGAUGUGUUUGUGGUAGACAAAUAGCAGAACGACUUUGUGCAAGCCCGUUGUGGCAGUGUGACCAGGUAUGCAGAAGAACAUUGCCUUGCGGUAAUCACACAUGUGAACAAGUUUGCCAUUCUGGUUCCUGUGGAGAAUGUCCUCGAACUGGGAAACGGUCCUGUCCAUGUGAAAAGACAAAGUUUAUUUUCCCCUGUACGGAAGAUGUUCCUACGUGUGGGGAUAGUUGUGACAAAGUCCUAGAAUGUGGAAUUCAUAAAUGUUCACAGCGCUGUCAUCGAGGUCCUUGUGAAACAUGUAGACAGGAAGUUGAAAAGCAAUGUCGUUGUGGAAAGCAUACUAAGCUCAUGCCAUGCCAUAAGCCAUAUUUAUGUGAGACGAAGUGUACUAAAAUUCGUGAUUGUCAAAAGCACCAGUGUAAGAGAAAGUGUUGUCCUGGAAACUGUCCACCUUGUGAUCAAGCAUGUGGACGGACUUUAGGCUGUAGAAAUCACAAAUGUCCUUCAGUCUGCCACAGAGGUAGUUGCUACCCAUGUCCAGAAACAGUAGAUGUGAAAUGCAAUUGCAGCAAAACUGUUUUAAAGGUACCAUGUGGCAGAGAACGUACCACCAAACCUCCCAGAUGCAGAGAGUUGUGCAGUCGGCUGCCUACCUGCCAUCAUCCUAGCCAAGAGAAACACAAUUGUCACUUUGGCCCAUGCCCUCCAUGUCGUCAGCCCUGCCAGAAGGGAUUAAAGUGUGGUCACUUUUGUCCUGUGUCUUGUCAUGAUGAAGCCCUUGUGAAGCAAACUGGCUUGCAUCAGCCUGUGGGACCUUGGGAACAGCCAUCUGAACCAGCUUUUAUUCAGACUGCAUUACCUUGCCCCCCAUGUCAGGUGCCUAUACCUAUGGAGUGUUUUGGGCAGCAUGAGGUGAGUCCAUUACCGUGUCACUCUGUAGGACCCUACUCCUGUAAAAGAUUUUGUGGACGGCUCCUUGACUGUCAAAAUCAUACCUGCGUGAAAGAAUGUCACAGAGUUACCAGUGUAAAUGGUAACACUGACAAGCAGAAGGCAGGUCCAGAAUGUCUGCAGUGUGAAGAGGAGUGUACCAAACCACGACCACCUGGCUGUCCUCACCGAUGCAUCUUGCCAUGUCAUCCUGGGGAGUGUCCACCAUGUAUUCAAAUGCUGAAAAUAAAGUGUCACUGCAAACUCUUAAACCUGUAUAUUGAGUGCAUAAAAAUAACUUGUGCUGACUUGAAAGAAAAGGACCUCCUUACUUCUUGCCAAAAUCAGUGUCCAAAAGAGUUGCACUGUGGCCAUCGAUGUAAAGAGACUUGCCAUCCAGGUGACUGUCCUGGAAAUUGCAAUCAGAAGGUUAAACUCAGAUGUCCUUGCAAGAGAAUUAAAAAGGAAUUGCAAUGCAACAAGGUACAAGAAGGCCAGGUUUCACUAGAAUGUGACGCAUUAUGCAAGGAAAUGAAACAGAAAGCAUCUGAGAUAAAAGAAGCAGAAGCCAAAGCUGCUGUUGAAGAAGAAAAGCGAAGACAACAGGCUGAAUUGGAAGCUUUUGAAAACAGGUUAAAAGGACGACGGAAAAAUAAGAGGAGAAGGGAUGAAGCAGAAACCGAGCAGUCGGUGUGGGAAAAAUAUAAGCGUUUCAUCAUGCUGUCAAUAUGUGGAGUUGCUGUUGUGAUACUUGCCUGGAUCAUAGCCUACAACCAUUGAAAUAACUUUAGGUCUAUUUUAAUAUACCUCACUUGGGCAUUAGAUAGCUAGUAUUGCUAGAGUGUUAGCCUGCCCUCUGGGCUUCAGAUUCAUGGUUAUGUUGUAUAUUUUCUCCUACCAAUUUAUUAUCAUCAUGAUGGGGGAAAAACGAACCCCAUCAUGAUCUUAACUAGUGACACAAAAAUGUGAAUUAAACUUCCGAGUAACAAAGUAGCAUGCUAUAAAGUUGUACACUCAAUUGCUCGUGUCAUAUAUUAUCUUGCCCAAUUUGACCAAAUUAUAUUAAUAUCUGGUAUUAUUUCUCAUUGUCCCUACUUUAUAAUACUGGCAUAGUUUAAUUUAGUUGCUUUACUUCAUACUAGGAUAUUUGUAAAAUACAGCUGAAUCAAGUUCUGUUUGCAGUAAAAUCAGUACAGUAUUUUUCUCUUUAAAAGACUGUUGGUUUGCUUUCAAACUAGUUAAACCUUAAGUCACACAAAAGAAAAUAACUUCUGUGCUUCUUGGUGACUUGUGGUCUCGAGAUAGUCUAGAAAAUUCAUAAAUUGUAUUGCCUUAUCUCAGAUGAUAAUGCAAAACCUUAAAAUCUGAAGGGGAAAUGUCACCUUUCUUCAUAAAGAAAUCUUUUGAACUAGAUCCAUCACAAGCAGUGAAAUGGGUUUGUUUUAUUACUUUUGCUGUGCCUCAAAAUCAAACCUAUUUGAAAGGCAGCAUUUAGUAUAACUUUGUGGUGAUUAGCGAUCACCUGGGAAGCAGUCUGAUGGAAUGGAAGUCUUACCCAGGGAAAGGGCACAUUCUCCUCAUUGUUCCUAAGUUAUCAGUCAAAAUGGAUAGUGGGACACUGAAGAUGAAGCAUCUGCAGAUGAUUCAGGUUAAAUGUUGGGUUUGAAUCUUUGUAGAGAUGUAUGAAAGUGCAAAUGGACUGAAAUUUACUUAAAUGUCAACUAUACGUAGUUCUAAAGCCAUUUGAAUAGUUCUUGUUAGUCAUAUUAGAAAUGUCUGGCUAACCUUUAAAACAUUUAAUAUAAUUGCAUCGUCUAAUGGACGGUCUUAAAUAUGUUGCCUUUGGGGGUUUGUUUGUUUUUUUUGUUGUAAAUUGAAGGAUGCUGUUAAUUUGUAAUGCUCAAAAUGUUGACUAAUCUUGAAAAUUAUAUGAGAAAUAGCUUUGCUUCAGAUGAAGAAAUACAAAUUAACUAGGAAAUUGGAUUUCUAUCUCUGUGCUAUAUUUUUACUUCUGAUGCUUAUACUUAAGCAAAGCAGAAAUUGAAUAGUGUUCAGUGAUUUCCCCCCCCCCCACAAUUUCUUCCCCUAACCUUCCACUAAGGGCAUGAGCCUGUUCCCACAUCCUGGAUGUAUAACUCAGACAUAUAUCAGUCCUGCUGAGGGCAGGAGACCACUUACAUGAGUAAUGAGUAAGGAUUGCAGUUAGGUUCAAAAUUGGUCUUUUUCAUAGGAUGGAUUAUAAUUCAGGGUAAUAUAAUCAUUAUGGGAAAAGGUGGUUUAUAUCCAAUUAUAAUUGUGGCUUGACAGUCAGAAAAUUGUGGGAUGGGAGGAGGCAGAAAAACAGUGCAGUUUUCAGUUUGCAUUUACUAUUUUUUUUCUAACUGGCUAACUUUUUAACUGGAAGCUUAAAAAAUGUACAAAUGGUCAUCAUUAUAUGGCAAGCAAUGCAAGUAUGUACAGUUAAUGAAAAAUAUGUUAGGUAUGAAAGACUUAUGAAAUCUGUGCUUGUUUUGUUCCACUUGUUUCGUUUUUAAACGCAUUCAUUUAACAGCGUAAGGGAAGAAAAUUCUCUCCUGGUUAGUACUUCAAUAUUUUCCUAUAGCACUUAUGAGAGAGAGAUUAAUCCAGAUUCAUGCCUGAACAAGUAGACUUUGGUCUUUGAUUCAAUGAGGAAAUAACACUUGUAACAAUUUAUUAGUAAUUCACUUAUGCAUCUAAAAAAAGGAAAGAUUUUUCUUUAAACCAGGGUAGUCUGCUCUGUUUCUUAUUUGCUGUGGAACUGAUCAUAUCAACGUGAGGUGAGGCUUUGCUGAAGUAGUUUUUACUUUGCCUGAAAUUAGCUCAUUUUCAUUUGUUUACUUUUGGCUCUUUCUUUAUUAAAACAAAUACCCUAAAGUUUCUGUCUGCCAAUUAGUACUCCUGUUGUGAAGAAAAUUACUUUCUCUAAAGAAACUGUUUGAAAAUAAACUGUCCCUCGUUAUAUGUUUUGAGUAGAUGCCUUGGUGUUUCCUUGCUUUGAAUAUUUUGUGGCAAGUUGAUGUAAAAAUAUUGGAGGGAAAAUGAUUUGGCAUCUUUAUUGAUCAUGUUAAAUAUUUGUAUUUCUUAAUUGUCUUGGUUGGAAAACACACUGCAAGGACUAUUCCUAUUCUGAGGCAGAGAAACUUAAGAUGGACAAAAUGUCAAAAAUAAUAAGUAUAAUUUAAUUGUUAAAAAGCAUUCGAGUCAUCUGCACUCUCAGUUGGUAUGCCUACUACAAGCAGCGCCUGUUGAAUUCGAUAUUUCUGGCUUCUUGCACCAUGGAGUGUGUGGGUUAAAACAAUCUGCAGUUUAGAUUACUGGCUUUUCUUCCACUUAUGUCCUCAUCUUCUGUUAAUUCCUUAUAGUUUAAUGUUGAUUGGAGACUUUUCUAUUUGCAACGGUAAUUUGGAAAUAAAACAGACAUAAUGCAUUUAUGAUCUUUCAGUUUGUAUACUUGAAUUACUGUGUAAGAAAAAUACUGAAUUGAACCUAGGUAUUUGUCACAAUUUAAAUGGUACGUUAUUUAUGUGGUGAUAAAAUAAAUAUUGAGAACUUUACAUUAUGGAACUGUACAUACAUUAAAACAAAUGACAUCGUAUGUGUCUUGAAAUUCGGUAUGCUUAGCCAUAUGUAAGUGCAAAGCUACUUCUAAAGGUAGACCCAGUUCUGAAUAGGCACCCUUACCUUUCAUUAACAUUGGAAUUACUUGGCAAUUUUAAAGGAUUAUGUCCUUAGACUGUAAGCUCUUUGGGGCAGUGGACCUCUCACUUGCAUAUGAAGUGCCAAGCGUAUCUAUAGCAUUGCAUACGUUAUAGUCUGUAUAAAAAAAAAAAAAUCCAAUAAAUUAAAUAUAUAUUGGUAGAUUUGUUCAUGUGUUUCCAAGUAAGAACAUUUAAGGAGCAAACUGUAAAUAGUAAUCCUUGACAUACAUUGUAAUUGAAGUAGUAGUGUAAUUUUGUUCAGUGCUGUCUUACUACUUGCUACUGCUUUCUUUUGGCCCUUCUUCCUGAUGAUUUAUUUAAUCCCAGAGCUAUAAGUAGGAAGAGAGAUGUUAUAUUUAAACUGGAAAAAUUCUUACUGUGAGAUCUAUUAAACUGUGGAAUGAGUCUCCCAAGAGAUGUGGAAGCAACUCCCUUGCUUGUCAUUUAAGAUUUGGACAAAGUAUUGGAGAAUAUGCUGCAGAAAACAAUUUUGUACUUGUUUCAAGGAUGGAAAGUACCUGUUAAGUCACCUUGUCCUCUAUCUUAAACAUGUAUAAUAUCCCAUUCCUACCAAUAAGAAAGUUAACUUAUAUGUUUGCUUAAGUACCUGCUAGUAGAAUGGUUCCAGUUCAUGAAAAUAGAGGGAAAGAAACAUAACAGGCAACUUGAAGGUUGCAAAUAAUUACAUUCAUUUCACUGCAUAUUGGCAAAACAGCUGAGGAUGUCAGUGUUGGUGGAUGGAAUGGGAGGAGAUGAAAGGUCUUCAGCCUCAUUGGUGCCAGUGUGGGCUUAUCAACCCUAUUUUCAUUACCCAUUCAAUUGACUCAAACAUGAAGCUUAAAUAUAGAUAGCCCAUCAUUCCUCUUGUAUUAAAGAAUUGAGGGCAAAAUUUCUAUGUACAGCACAAAAGCUAAAAUCAUUCAAUCAAUCAAUCAUUGGAUUCAGUUUGGGCUUUAAAAUUCUGUACUGUUUGGGGUGACGGGCAGACUUGCACUGUCCCAAUAAAAGCUUCAUGAUGGUCAGGAAGCACCAUCCUUUCAGAGGGUGGAGUGGGAGCGUUUUUUUGCCAACCUAAAUAUGUCUAGCUUCCAUAGAUGUGGGAAGCAACUUGCAGCUUCUCUAUUUCUAGGGUGGCUAAUACUGUACACCAGAGCAUAUUCUUGUGCUAGCCAGCUUUCACACACAGACAUGACUGCUGUUUGGUGGUGGGUGGGUUGAGAGAAGAGGCUGCACCCCCACACGCAGAGGCUUGGCACAGUCUGACUCUUGUUUGUCCUUAGUUUGGAUAACCUUCUGCACUCUAAUCUUUCCCUCUUAAACCUGUGCACAGGCCAUUUCAGACACUAGAUUUCAGUGCAGGUAUAAGACUCAGGCAGUUACUUCAAUCUGCAUUCCCUGGCCAAUGAGACCAGUUCCUCUUAAAUGUAAAGCUAAUAAUUUCAUAUUUCCAUUCUAUUGGGCAAUGGAAUGCAAGGCACAUGUUUCUGAACAAUAAAAUUUAAAGAGAAACUCUCUAAAUGAAUAUUGCCUGGUAAUCCAAUUAACAAGAUUUGGCCAGCUUUAACUAUGGGGACCAUAUUGGUGCUAAAAUAUUAUUUGUGUUGUAUAGUCUGAAGACAUGCAGGAUAUGCCACCGAAGUCUUGACCUGUUUCUGAUGCUUUUUAAUCCAAGUACAAAUAACUUGUAUCAUUAUAAGACAGCAACCUGAAUGGCAGCGUGGUCUUGAGCAGAGGUGCUGGAGCUCUAGUUCGUGGGCCAAAUGCAGCCUGCAGAGCCAUGGCAUCCAGCUCUCAGGGUCCCGCACAGUUUGGGAAAUUUGGUGGGGGGGGGAAGCAGUGGCAAUUGAUACAGCUGCCCUUCCCCACUGCCAAAUUCCUAAACCAGGCUCUGCUUUUGGGUUUGGAGCUGGGCUAUAUCCCCUUCCUGAGUCUGGGGCAAGCCCUCCCCCAUCAAGACUUUUUCCCCCUGUGGGGCAGGGUUGGUUGUGGCCGGGCUACCCCGAUCUCCCCCUGCCCCUUGCCCCCCAUACAGCUGGAUGGGGCUCUGCUGUGUCCACCUGAAUGAUGGAUCUGGCCUGUGGACAGACUAAACACUGUCCAUCUGGCCCAGUCAGGUAAAAAGGUUGACCACCACUGGUGUGGAGCAGUGAGCAGGGGGGGUGAGGGCAGAAAAUCCAGAAUUCUAACCUGCUUUGAUAUGGGCUUUGAACAUAUCCUCUCUGCUUUAGCUUCCCUAUCUGUAAAGUGGGGGUUACCAGCUGUUUCAGAAGAAUAGGUAAUUUGUAUAGUACUAACAGGGCAAGUAUUGACUAAAUGCUAAAUGUAAUUCCUGAUUCCAGUGAACUGCAGUCCUAACCGGCUGCUGCUAAUACUCCCAGAGUCACUAAUUCCACUUGUAUCUCUGGUUCUUAUCCCAGUGUUUGUGCAGCACCAGUUCUGUUUUAAUCUUAAUUCUGUAAGGGAGAUUUUUGUCCAUGUUUAAAAAUGCAGGACUGGAAGCAUUUUCUUAUGAUUUGAUAAGUGUAGUACUGCAAACAGGGAAUGGAGACAGUGCCUCACACUGAUUACAACUAAACUGGGCAUUGACAUAAAGAGAGGGAAAAUGAUGAAGGCUGAAGGUAGGGUGUUGGUUGCUAGAGAGCUGGAAAUAUAAACUCUCCUAGGUCUAUUUUUAUAGUAGUAUACAGGGUUGCAGCUGGAGUGAGACAGGGCAGUAGCUAGUGCUGUAAGGUUGGCUGCUGGGGUUUAAUCCCAUGUGGUUUUCUUAGGGUGGAACUGCUCUUAAAGAACAGCAAGGGAUGCCUGUUGGUCUUUGCAAGCAAAAUGAAAGUAUAUUCUUCAUCUAUAGCAUCCAUCCACAGGAGCCCAGAACGCUCUGCUCUUCUCUUUUAAGUAGAGGGUGAAACAGAUCCUGGAGACGUAAUCGGUGUGUCCUGUAUUAACAAUGUCUAUGCUACACCGUACAAUGCCAUGGACCCCCAGACACGUACAGACACCCCCCUCGGGCCCAGACAAACACCCACGCGGACUCCGAGACUGAGACCUAGCCCCACAUACACCAGGACACACCCACUUACCCACGGACACCCAUCCAUACCCUGACAUGGCCCCCCUCCAGACAUCCACAAGCACCCAGACCACCUUCCCCUCCCCAGGCAGAGAGUGCGUGUGGCGGGGAGGAGGGAGGGAGUCUCCACAGCCCGACGCGGAGCCGCUAUCCCCGGGGCAGCGGGUCCCUGGGCACUGGGCUUCGGGCCGGGCCGCGUCCAUCGGGGCCCGGGGCAGUGCUGGGGCCUUCCCCGCGCCCGGGAGCAGCAGCGCAGCUCGAAGCCCCUCGCGCCUGCUCCGCGCACGU